AUGAAGGCCGUGUCGAUUGUUGCCGCUGCUACUGCCGCUGCGCUCUUUGGCGCGUCGCAGGCGGCCGACAUUGACAAUGGCUUCGUGCACGACGGCGCGACGACGUACUGCAUGGGCGUCAAUGGGCCGCUGGGCGCGCUGACGUUCGACACGCUCGAGGUCUCGAGCGCCGGGCGCUGUCCCGUGGGCGUGACGCUCACGUUUCCGAGCGCGGACUUCUACGUGCACGAACCCAUUACGGUCAAGUGGGCGGCCAAAGCGCACGCCGACUUGGGCAACAGCCUCUUCCCCAACGCCAUUGACGCCGUGACCAAAGUGCCGCCGGCCGUCACGUCGUCGGCGCUCUUUGCCUGUACGGCAGGAACCAAUUGCGCUACGCACGUGGGCGGGACGCCGACCGGAGCUGCCGACGGCACAAGUGCGGGACCGUUCGCCCCGGACGGCGCCAAGGCCCUGGCGACCAACACGUUCACGCUGGCGACGGCCAGUGACUACAUUAUUGUGGGCCUCGUGGCCCUGCCGGGGGACAGCUCGCUCGGGGUGGCCGCGACAGAGUACGUCGUGUUCAAGAAGAUCAGCGUCGUGCCAGCCUCGACGACGUCCAAUACCUCAGGUAGCGUAGCGCCUCUUGCGUCGGGCAGCGACGACGCGGCUUUGGCUGCGCGGUCGCUUGGCCCGCCUGAACCUGUUGCCAGUACUACUCCUUCGCCGGCGCUAACUUCGGCCCCUUCGUCUGCUUUAGGUUCGUCGAACGCAACGACGACGACGACCACUCGUGACGCAGCGCUGAAACAGGGACUGCAGGUGGACGUCGACGGAGACAAAGAGCCGAAGACAGCGACCGAGUUGGCCGGUGCUGGUCGUUCGAUCGAAGACGCCGCCACCAGUCGAACGGACCCAACUGGAGAAGGAAAGUCGCCGCCAGAGUUGACCGAGACCGUGUCGACCUCGCGGGGCAACGGCGGCGUCGGCAAAGGCGGCGUGACGAUCAUUGCCGUCGUUGUGGCCUGCUGUCUUGCAGCGCUCGCGCUGCUCGUGUUUAUGAUACGCCGCCGCAAGCGCCAGCGCGCGAAUGCGAACAAGGCGUUCGACUUGGACUCGCCCUGUGUGGUGAGCGAAUCGAACAACAGCGUCUCGGACGGCAAAGCUAGUAGCAAGAUCGACCUCACGUACGUGGCCAACGUCUCGGCCCGCAACACGGACAGCAAUGCGAAUGACAACAUGAUGACCGACGACAUGGCGAUCGUCCACAGUGGGUUGACGUCCAGCUCGAACACGGACGGCUCCGUGCAGUCGCUUCCCAAGAACAGCUUUGGCACGGACAACUACUCGGAAAACAUUGCCUAUGGCGGUGCAGGAUCCGCCGGGCACCCGAACGAGGCUGAAAUCGAUGCGUACCGCUUGAGCAAUACGUCAGGGAUGGCUUCGUACGUCAGCAACGCCCGGAGCGACGCGUCCAUGUCCCACUUUGGUGACUCAUUGGUGACAGCGAGUCAGAAAAAGUAUUUCCAGACUGGGGGUGACUGGAACGACUCGAGGUCGUCUCAGAUGGACUCGCACUUGCACUCGAUGGAACAGGCUGAAUCGAAGGCCUACGGAGUCGGUAGCUACGGUGGCUCGAGCAUGGCGAGCGAGUCCUCGAUGAUGGACAUCGCGUCACGCGCCACAGAUUCAAGGGAGCACGACUCGAUGGUAGGGGCGCACUUCAAUGACGAGUCACGCUCGACGACGGGUCACCGCGAAACGGAAGACUCGCGCGUAAGUGAGGAUUCUCGCGCCACGGGCUUCUUGGAAGCAAUGGGCGAAUCGCGACUACAGAGCGAGGUGUCCGUGGACUCGUACGGCUUCCGAGCAUCGUGUUCCAGCACAGACUCGUACAGCUCGGGCAUGUCUUCGUACAGUCGAGGAAGCUCCCGCAUCAGCGGCUGUAGCGUGGAUUCCAACUUGGACAGCUCCAACAGCUUUAGCAAGUACUAG